AUGUCUCGUCGUCUCCUCCUCAUCAACGGCCCAAACCUCAAUCUCCUCGGCACACGCGAGCCACACAUCUACGGCUCAACCACGCUCGCCGACGUCGAGUCCUCCGCCUCAGCCCAAGCAUCAUCCCUCUCAUCCAGCCUAGAGUCCUUCCAAGCCAACAGCGAAGGCGCCAUCGUCGACCGAAUCCACGAGGCGCGAGGAAACGUCGAUGCCAUCAUCAUCAACGCGGGCGCUUACACACAUACCAGCGUGGCGAUAAGGGACGCACUGGUGGGAAAAUUGAACGGUUGA